UUAGCAACACUUGUUUUGGAACUGAGUAGUACAUUCUCUUCGUUGAUUUUCUGGGUUUAGUGUUAUUUUCCCUCUCAAAUAAAAAAAAAAGUACUAAGCGAUGAGAAUAAAAAGCGUCGGCGGUGGCCGCCGGCGUAGCAUCACGCCUUCCGUAACUCCCUCCGCCUCUCCCAUUCCUCUUCUCUCCACCGCCCAGGACGACCACAAUGCAACCGUCUACGACAGCGACAGCACCGGCGAUCACACGCACGCUCCACUUCCCGAUUUCGUUCCCGAUUCCGAACCACCAGAUUCCUUAGACGAUGACAUUUGCAUUACUUGCAACCAAGCCGGAGGACCAUUGCUAAUAUGUACCCAAACCGAUUGCCCCGUUAUAGUCCACGCCACCUGCAUCGGUUCCGAACCUAAGUUCGAUGAUUCUGGAAACUUCUUCUGUCCCUACUGCUCCUACAAGCGAGCGUUGAAGAAAACUAGAGAAUUAAGAGAAAAAACGAUUUUAGCUAAGAAAACUCUUUCGAGCUUUUUGGAAAAAAGCCAAACAGUGCGUAAGGAUGAUGAGGAAGAACACAUUGCCGAACCAGAACCGGUUCAGGAUCAUCCGAACCGGGAUGAACCGGAUGUUUCUGAUUCUGAGGAAAGAAAAGAACUAAAUAGUAAUGAAAAUGGUAAAGAUAAAGGAAAUGUUUCUGUUUCAGGUAGUUCAGUGAGUGAAAUUAAGGAUUCCGAUUCUAAUUCUAUCUUGGUGAAGAACGGUCAUGCCAAUGCCAACAAUGCCAAAGGCAAACACAAGGUUGCUUAUGUGAAAAAAUCAUUGUUACCGGAACGAAAAACUGGUGGUGGCGGCGUGGAUGAGGAGGAAGUUACCAGUUCCAGAACGUUAAGCAUACAAAAGCAAGUGACGAAGUCGAAUUUGAUGACUGGAAAACGUAGGAGAUUGCUUUGGACAGAUGAAGAAGAAAAAGCUCUCAAGGAAGGAGUGUCGAAGUACUCAACUGAAAAGCAGAAUAUUCCUUGGAGGAAAAUUUUAGAAUUUGGUUGCCGUGUGUUUGAUAAGACUCGGACUCCUGUUGAUCUCAAGGAUAAGUGGAAAAACAUUAUCUCCAAGGAAGGAUGCAAGUAGAACUUGUGGAACCUGAGUUUCAAUUGCAUAUGGCAGAAGGUGGAGGAAGCAUAUGAGUUGCUUUAGAAAGUUGAUGUCAUAUCCAUGUUUUGAAUUCAGUUCUAUGUAUAUAAUUGCACGCAUCCAAUAGAAUUAUGUGAGGUCAUUAUAAUUUACCUCUGCGAGAGUUUUUCAAAAUAUAUAUGUAAUGUACAAAGAAUAUUAAAAAUAGGGGUAUUUUGGGAACUAAAAAUCCUCCAUAAAAUUGAAAGUGGGGUCAUUAUAAUUUACACAAUGGAAGUGCA